UGUUGGGCGGGAGGGUGACCUGUGCCUUUAAACGCGGAGCCGUCUCUGCGGUUGCGCGGCGGUGGCUCUGAGCGGCUGGUGAUGGCGGAUCAGGAGGGAGCGCGGGGGGACGGUGCCGCCGCGGCCGCAAUGUCGGUGGGGCGUGACCCCGGGCCCCAGGCCGCCCCCGGACCAGAAGCCGGAGACAUUAGCAGCAGCAGCAGCAGCAGCACGAUGAUGGAUAAGGAAAGCUGUUUGUUGAAGAAGAUGGAGAUUAGUGUGUCGGAAGCAGAGAAACGGACUGGAAAAAAUGCAGUUAACAUGCAGGAGAUUUAUACAGUGUAUCUCAUUGAAACAAGGACAAUCGAUAAUCAGAAUGAAGGACAGAGUUCUGUGCCAGACUCUCUUUGGAGAAGAUACAGUGAAUUUGAAUUGCUGAGGAACUAUUUAGUAGUUGCAUAUUCCUUUAUAGUAGUGCCACCAUUGCCUGAAAAAAGAGCAGAAUUUGUUUGGCACAAAUUAUCUGCUGAUAACAUGGAUCCUGAUUUUGUUGAACGACGGAGGAUUGGUCUUGAAAACUUUCUGUUGCGUGUGGCUUCUCACCCUAUUCUCUCGCAAGACAAGAUCCUGUAUUUCUUUUUAACACAGGAAAAUGGUUGGAAAGAAGCAGUGAAUGAGACUGGAUUCCAAACUAAGGCAGACUCUAGAUUAAAAGCUCUCAAUGCAACCUACAGAGUUAAGAACCCAGACAGGAGAUUUACGGAGCUAAAACAUUAUGGAGAUGAAUUGCAGUCCGUCAUAUCACACCUCCUGCGGGUCAGAGCAAGAGUAGCAGAUCGUCUGUAUGGAGUAUACAAAGUGCAUGGAAAUUAUGGAAGGGUUUUCAGCGAAUGGAGUGCAAUAGAGAAGGAAAUGGGUGAUGGACUGCAGAGUGCUGGUCACCAUAUGGACGUAUAUGCAGCAUCAAUUGAUGACAUCCUAGAAGAGGAGGAGCACUAUGCAGAUCAAUUGAAGGAAUAUCUCUUCUUUGCAGAAGCUCUUCGGUCAGUGUGUAGAAAGCAUGAACUGCAACAGUAUGAUCUGGAGAUGGCUGCUUUGGAUCUAACGUCAAAGAAACAACAGAGAGAGGAGCUAGCAACUGGAACUUUGCGAACAUUCUCCUUGAAAGGCAUGACCAGCAAGCUUUUUGGACAGGAGACACCUGAACAAAGGGAAGCAAAGCUCAAGGUUUUGGAGCAGCAAAUUGUUGAUGGCGAGGAACUUGUAAAGACCAAAAAUCUGGAGUGCGAGGAUUUUGUGAAAGAUGCUUGGACUGACAUUGAGCGUUUUAAGGAACAAAAGAACAGUGACCUAAAAGAGGCCCUUAUCAGCUAUGCAGUAAUGCAGAUAAGCAUGUGCAAAAAGGGAAUUCAAGUUUGGACCAAUGCUAAGGAAUGCUUUAGCAAAAUGUAAACGUUUACCUACAAUAAAUUCUUCAAAGAUUACAUAAAAGCACAA